CUGCGGACUUCCAUGACUAGCACUGAUCAUCAUCAAUGCAACACUUACUUAUGUAACUUAAGGCUGUAACAUAUGGGUGACCCCAUGAUGUGAAAUUAGAUCACCGCAGUUUGAACUUGGUUUGAACGCUUUCCACGAUAGCGACCAUCAUCUGUAUCAACUAGGUGGCAACUUCAAGUGCACGAGUGCUAGUACUCCUUGGGUUUUAUUGCCAAUCUGGGUCACCAACUGGUAAUUAACUCCAAGCUAUGUCCCGAUCUUGGGUCAGUCCUGGCGUAGCCUACCUCGCACGGGGCUUGCUUUCCGUCGUUGUUCCGGUCGCUUCCUCCGUCAUCAUCGUAGCACGCCUGACCUCUCUAAAAGGCAUCCGAGUUUCUCCAUGGCUUAUAUCUGCAGUGGUUUUGGGUGCAGCACCUCUUGGGUUUGCGGCUUACGUUCUUGUGGAUGAAAGAUCGCAACAACGAAAGGCCAAUCGACUCGGUGCCAGACUUGUUCCUCGUGUCCAGGGCAAAUGGCCUGGAAAUCUGGACAAGGUAGUUAACAUGGUCCUGAGGUCAGAGAAUGAAUACCUAGGCAUGGUCUCUGUUUCGUGCAUUCCAUGCUUGUGCUUUACGGAAUCAUCCUUUUGUGUAGGACGACCUUUAGAGGACGAGAUCAAGGUACUCGGGCCGACUAUCAAUUUUCGUUUUUUUUGGGAGGACCUUAUCCUGACCACGGAGCCGCAACACAUCAAGACUAUUCUCGCAACUGACUUUGAUAACUAUGUUAAAGGUGCCAAGUUCCGAGAAGCAGCUGACUCUGUCCUUGGAACGGGCGUAUUUAAUUCAGAUGGCGAAAUCUGGAAGCUUCACCGAACCAUGACACGGCCUUUCUUCACUCAUGAUCGGAUAAGUCACUUUGAGAUCUUUGACCGUCAUGCGGACCAUGCUAUCGUUUUGGCGAAGGAACGUUUUAGAGCGGGCUUGACAGUCGACUUCCAAGAUCUCAUCUCGAGAUUUACGCUUGAUUCUGCAUCGGAGUUCCUAUUUGGGCACUACAACGCCGCCGCCGCCUUCUCAUAUGCUUUCUCUCAAGCUCAACAGAGUAUAAACCGGCGUCUUUCUAUCGGGCAGACCUGGCCACUUAAUGAGAUUCUUGCUGACAGCACUGAGCUACAUAUGAAAGUGGUAGACGCGUUUUUAGAUCCGAUCCUCAAAGACGCUCUGGAGAAGAAUAGCACAGCUGUCGAGUUUGAUAAAAAUGAAUUCUCAGACGACCAAACCCUUGUUGACCAUCUCGUAAAUUUGACGUCAGAUUUUAAAAUCAUCAAAGAUGAGACGUUAAAUAUUUUACUUGCCGGAAGAGAUACGACGGCUUCAACAUUAACAUCAGCUAUUUAUUUGUUGGCAAUGCAUCCAGAGUUCCUCACUCGGCUCAGAGAAGAAAUCAUAUCGAAGGUUGGGCUAACUCGCAGGCCCACGUAUGAUGAUAUCAAGGAGAUGAAGUAUCUCAGAGCCAUCCUCAAUGAAACACUGCGUCUUUUCCCCGCUGUCCCCUUUGAUGUGAGGGAAAACAUACAGGACACUACAUGGACAUCCCCCGAACAUGGGAAGAAGCCACUGUUUAUCCCACAGGGCACCAUGCUCAGCUAUUCAGUGUUCCUUAUGCACCGGAGAAUCGAUCUAUGGGGACCAGAUGCAUUGGAAUUCGAUCCGGAUAGAUGGCUCGACGAGCGCGUGAAGAAAUACCUGAUUCCCAAUCCUUUCAUUUUCCUGCCAUUUAACGCGGGACCCAGAAUCUGCUUGGGGCAACAAUUUGCAUACAACGAAAUGUCGUUCAUGAUCAUUCGUUUACUGCAAAACUUUUUCACGAUUACGCUGUCCCCCGAGCCUGCGAUGCGCCCACCUGCGUGGUGGGCUGAGAAAGACGGUCGGCAGGCCAUCGAACGAUUCAGGCCGAGGAACCACUUGACACUUUAUGCCAUGGCAAGUCUUAUUUCGAGUCUGAGGAUCAGAGGCGAGCAGGCAUGCAGGGAGUGA